AUGGACUCAAGGGCAACUGCGUGUGACUUAUGCCGGUUGCGCAAAGUUCGAUGUGACAAAAGCGUACCUUGCUUCAACUGUCGACAGUCGUCACAGGACUGCACAUUCACUGGCGCUGGUCAGAAGCCCAAGGUUCCUCGCCAGAGGGUUCAUGUAUCCCUGCAGUAUGCGGCGUCAACACAAUGCUCAUGCUCGGGGCUGACCCCUGAAAAGGCCCCUUCAGAAGUGCCGCUCUCCGUAAAGGAUACACCUCACGUCGCCACAGAAUAUGAUGCAGGAGAUGAAGCUCCGCCGGUUGAAGGCCCCUCCUCACUGAGGUUCCAGAUGGCAGCAACAAGAAGACUCACAGAAAGUGCGGCCAUUGAGUUGGGUACCUCAUGCUACGUGAAUGCCGUUGCUAGUGCGCAUAGAGUCGCGGGAUCUCAGAGUCCAGCAGGACCUGUCCAACGACACUUAGCCCAGAAGCCCACAACGCACGCCAUCGAGAUGGCAAAACCGUGGCUGGCAUGGAGGUUGAUAUGCUUCGCAGCGCAGCUUUGCAUGGCUGCAGGCUUUCAUGACGAGAGUCUUAUUGUUGCUGAUGACGAAAGUACGAGAAACGUCAAAGCCUUGUUGUUCUGGCACGUCUACGGGUUGGAAAAGAGUAUUGCCUUGCGCGUGGGCAGAGCCUCCAUGAUUAGAGACUCUGAUAUUGACAUACCCAAGGGGCUCAAUCUGGUCUGUCUACCAAGGCUGUGGGAUAAAGUUGUGCCGUUCUGGGUCGAGAAUGCCUCAAUUCACAGCAAAAUUUACGAUCUGCUCUACAGUCGAAGCGCACAGCUUGUCUCCCAGGAAGACUUAUCCGAGCGAGCAGAUAGCCUGCUUGCUGAUCUCAAUUUGAUAGAGCCCGUUAAUCUGUGCGUCCCCUUGAUGAGCGGCGACUUACAUAUUGUGAAUCUCUACCUCCAUUGGAGACUACUCCAAACCCCUUUUAUUCCACUCCUGGUGGUAUUUUGCCACAUAGUCGAGACUCAAGAUUCGAGCGACGCGCAACGACUCAAAUGCUUUGCAGACAGCCUUGAGCAUGGGGCCGAUCUAUCACCUUCUGCAAAGGACUUUUAUGACAUUACUCGACAGCUCUAUAUGAUUGCACAAAAGCACAUCCAGACAAGCAGCGAGCAAGAUUGGGCGUCUGUCCCGUCUCUGUCAACCCUGGGGCUCACCCAAUUUUAUCCGGCUAAUGCUAUGGCGGGCAAUUAUCAUUUGGCGGCUGAACACGGGCAGUCUAACCAGGACAUGGAGAUGAUGUUUGGUGGGGAGCAGGUCAUGGGCUUCUUCUAG